GAUCAGGACCUAGCACACAACCUGAUACAUAGUUGAUGUUUAAUGAAUGAUUAUUAACCAAAUGUUAAAAGAAUAAAGAGCUGGUGAUAAAGCUAACUUCUAGUCCAGGUAUGCACUGCCUCCCUGCAAAGGCCAGGCUGGCCUGCUCCCUUUCAGAAUGGGAUCUCAUAGGAGCCUCUUCUCUACUCAAAGUGACACCAUCAGACCCCAUAUAUGGGGAACAAUGUUACUUCCUGGUUUCCUUUAAAAGCCCUUUGGGAGGAGACUGGAGGUACAGUGAGCAGGCGUCAGUCUUGGGGAGCCUCUUCAGCCCUGCAGGGUUGGGGCCUCCUUUCUGUCUCUCCUCCAUGGCACAGAGCUCCACUUAGAAUCCACAGAAACCCUUGGAGGCAGUGAGCGUCAGCCUCCAUCUAAAGUGGUGAUGACCAGCCUAGUCUCUGGCUGGAGAAACUUGGAGUUGAUUCUGGUUCUCUUGGGCCAGAUAUUAACCUUAUGAAGUCUCAGUUUCCUCCCUAUAAUGUGGGGAUACAUAUAAUGUGCAUUUCAUCCAGUUGCUAUCAAGAUUGAAUGAGAAAAUGCAUGCCCAGUCCUCAUCACAGCAUGAGGUGAAUGACAGCUAUGGUUACUGGAAUUUGAAGGCCUGAGAGAGGAAUGUGAAAGAGGAACUAAUAAUAACAUCAGGCACUGCAGGGCGCUUUGCCAAUCACUCUUUUUUUUUUUUUUGAGUCAGGGUCUCCUUCUGUGGCCCAGUCUGGAAGGUAGUGGUGCAAUCUUGACUCACUGCAACCUCCGCCUCCCGGAUUCAAGUGAUUCUCCUGCCUCAGCCUCCCAAGUAGCUGGGAUUACACGUACGCACCACCAUGCCCAGCUAAUUUUUGUAUUUUUAGUAGAGAUAGGGUUUCAACAUAUUGGCCAGGCUGGUCUCAAACUCGUGACCUCAAGUGAUCUGCCCGCCUCAGCCUCCCAAAAUGCUGGGAUUAUAGGCGUGAACCAUCACACCGGGCCAUUCCAAUCACUCUUCAUUUCCUGCAUCUCAAAGCAAUGCUGUCAAACAGUUGGAGUUGAUUUUCUAGGCCUUUCUGUUUUCCCCCUCCUGUUUGCCAUUGCAGGGCCUCCUCUGGUCACUCGUACCAGUGAGAGAUCAGGCUACUUAAGGAAGUACUCACAGCGGAAAAUCAGAUUGAAACUGCCUUUGGAAAAGUAUGACUGAGACAGUGAAGGAGAUCAAACUUAACUGACUCCAUCUUGCUCCUAACCUCCAGACUGUCCUUAUUCAUUCCUGGGUGUAGGCCGAACUAACUUUGGGAGAAACUUAGUUUGUAGUUUAAACAAAGACGGUAACAACCCUUUCUUAAAGCAGACCUCCUUCUUGCCUGGGGACUAGAUUGCCUUUGUAGGAUGAACAUUAACCACAAGAUUAGAAAUUAUGGUUUAGGAGUCACGCAGCUGGAGGCUACAAGAUUCCAGCCCUCCCCUAAACUGCUCCUAAGAUCAGUGCUUCUUUCCCAAGCGGCUGCUGAAGAUGGCGGAGGUACAGGUCCUGGUGCUUGAUGGUCGAGGCCAUCUCCUGGGCCACCUGGCGGCCAUCGUGGCUAAACAGGUACUGCUGGGCCGGAAGGUGGUGGUUGUAUGCUGUGAAGGCAUCAACAUUUCUGGCAAUUUCUACAGAAACAAGUUGAAGUACCUGGCUUUCCUCCGCAAGCGGAUGAACAGCAACCCUUCCCGAGGCCCCUACCCCCUCUGGGCCCCCAGCCGCAUCUUCUGGCGGACCAUGCGAGGUAUGCUGCCCCACAAGACCAAGCCAGGCCAGGCCGCUCUGGACCGCCUCAAGGUGUUUGACUGCAUCCCACCGCCCUACGACAAGAAAAAGCGGAUGGUGGUUCCUGCUGCCCUCAAGGUUGUGCGUCUGAAGCCUACAAGAAAGUUUGCCUAUCUGGGCCGCCUGGCUCACGAGGUUGGCUGGAAGUACCAGGCAGUGACAGCCACCCUGGAGGAGAAGAGGAAAGAGAAAGCCAAGAUCCACUACCGGAAGAAGAAACAGCUCAUGAGGCUACGGAAACAGGCCGAGAAGAACGUGGAGAAGAAAAUUGACAAGUACACAGAAGUCCUCAAGACCCACGGACUCCUGGUCUGAACCCAAUAAAGACUGUUAAUU